CUGCUGGACCCUUCGAUACUCUCUAAGACAAUUGGUGGGACUCUCUUCGUUAACUCAUAUUAUUAACUGCAACUUGCUGAUAUGCUUAGUGUAACGUGUAGAUGAAUAUCUGAGGGCUACAUAGCCAUCUUCAAACUCAAAUAUAGCGUUUCUUCGCAGACGUCCUUAAACCCCAACUACACGCCAAACAUGGCUGGGUCCGAGGUAUCUGGUAGCUCCAAGCAACUCUCGCCAAUUGAGAAGACAAAACUCCUCAAGAUCAGCUACCAGCAUAGGUCAAGGCUUCUUCAUUGCCCAACUGCGGGGAAAGAUCCCGAGAAGGAAUUCUGGACGUUGAUAAUGGAAGAGUUUUCUACCACCGUCCGUGCGGGAGUAUUUGACAAAUACGCCCAAGUGAAGAAAACCACCAACGGGAUGUGUAAGAAUCGACGCAGACAAACAAAAGGCACCAUGUCACCGCAGAGACGGUCUCGGAUGGCCCACGGUGACGUGUGGGUCAAUAGAUGGGUGCGCGUUUGGAAGUGUCGUGAUAUGAUAAUCAGAACUGCCAAGGCUGAUCAAGCAAUACUCGAAACGAUGGGAGAGAAUAAGCUUAAGAAGAUGUUUCGCGAUAGAAUAACCGGUACCGAACUACCCCAAGAGCUUGGCAAGCUGACUUGUGCGGCUCCGAUUUGGAAAGGCAUUCAGAAAGAGAUUCGUGAUAUAGAACGAUCUUCGAGAAGCCGACACCUUUCUUUAUAUUCUAGCGAAGACGAGUCGGAUGUCGCAGGCGACGAUUGGAAAGAGAAUGAUACAAUUGUUGAUUCAGGGGCUGAAGAGCCACUGCUACAAUCGAUUGAAGCGGAUGACCAAAGUGUUGUACCUUCGGCGUCAGAAGACCUGCCAUCGGCACAGCCUAAUCAGAGAGUUUUAGACGGAGUAAACUCUCCGGAUCUUUCUCCAGCUACACAGAACAGGCUCAAGGAGUUGGAAAUAGGAUUCAUCAACGUACUGAAGGCGAAUAGAACUACGACAGGCGAGGAGAUAUCUGUGCUCGGAUUAGCUCAGCGAAGUUCUAACCACCAGGGGGCAUUUUCAUCAAGAGCAUCCUCAUGCCCACAAGGUGCUUGUAUCGAUAGCCCUCAGAAGCUAUCAUUAAAGAGUAAGUAAAGAGACCUUCAAUUGUAUAUGCAACAUCACAUUCUAAUGAAGCCACAGAUAGGGGGGGAAAUUAUUCAACCGCUGUUGCUGUCAAGACACCGAGAUCCAAGCAAAGACAAAGUGGUAACGAUACCUACAAUAGUAUCAGUCCAAGUUCUUC